UUUAACUCUUCCCGGUUGAGCGAGCAAAAGAUGGCUGCCACUAUAAAAGAUACGGAGGAGGACACCUCCAGAAGAAAACACAUCAAAGCUGUGUUAGUGAACAAGCUUGAGGGGUGCAGUGAUAUAGUUAAUAUGGCUGUUACAAUCCCGCACGAAGACGCAGUAAUUAGUGUUUCGGAUGACAAGAGUAUAAGGCUUUGGAUUAAACGAGAGAGUGGACAAUACUGGCCGAGCAUUUGUCACGUUAUGGAAUCUGCAUGCUCUGCCUUAGAUUAUCAUGGAACAAGUAGAAGAUUGUUUGUAGGAUUGGAUAGCGGUACCAUUUCAGAAUUUGAAGUGUCAGAAGAUUAUAACAGACUUAACCAUAGAAGAAAUUAUUUAGCACAUAAGAACAGAGUUAGUGGUGUAAUAUUUUCACUGGAGAAUGAAUGGCUACUCAGUGUAGGAAGAGACAAAUAUUUACAGUGGCAUGAUUGUACAACUGGCAAACGAUUAGGAGGAUAUCUGACUGGAGCAUGGUGUACAUCCUUACAAUUUGAUGCUGAAUCUAAGCAUGUCUUUGUUGGUGACUAUGGUGGCAGCAUUAGCGUGAUAAAACUGGAGUCUAACUCACCCUCUCUGGUAACAACACUCAAUGGUCACUCAGGCAAGUUGCCCCCAUGGCAAUCAUGGUUUGGCACAGGGAGUGUAAGAGCUUUAGCCUGGGAUCCAGAGAAACGGUUGUUAUUUUCUGGUAGUUUUGAUGAAUCUAUUAUUGUCUGGGACAUUGGAGGACAACAAGGAACUGCAUUUGAACUUCAUGGUCAUUUGUCAAAAGUUCAUGGCCUUUGUUACGCACCUCAUGCCAAGAAGUUGGUAUCAUGCAGUGAAGAUGGCAUUGUCAGGAUCUGGGAUAUGAAUGUAAAACGACAAGAGACACCAGAGUGGUCACAAAGUGAUAUCUGUGAGCGAUGUAGUGGCCCUUUCUUCUGGAACUUUAAGGGCAUGUGGAACAAUAAAGCAGUUGGUGUGAGGCAGCAUCAUUGUCGAAAAUGUGGCAGAGCAGUGUGUAACGAGUGUAGUAAAAAUGAAUCUUCCUAUCCAAUCAUGGGUUUUGAAAAUUCUGUUCGCCUGUGUAAUGAAUGUUAUGAAACCAUCACAGAUGAUGACCGUGUACCUCUAGCAGAUUUUCAUGAUGCAAAACAUACAACUCGUUCGAUGUACUUGGAUCUAACAAAAGGAAGAUUACUGACUUGUGGUGGUGACAGGAUUGUUAAGAUCUGGGAUGUCAAAGCAAUUCUUCUAUCAUGAACAUCAAACAUCUUCUAGAAGGCAAACCACUGGGUGAAAAUAUUACAUAUGAUCGAUUAACCUUCGAUUAGACUUCUGGCCUUGUAACAGUAAAGCACAUGAAUCAAAGAUGGGACUUGACCUCCAGGAGUAACUCAUUUUGCCACUUUUUUUCAGCAUUGUAUUCAAGACAUGAAAAAUAGUUUUAGAACAAAGAUUUAAUGUCAUCUGACAAGCAGCAGCGAUAGCAUGAUCACAUGAAAAGAAGUGAUUUAAAUAAUAGUAUUUUUAGUAGCUGUUUUUGUUGUCGCACAAUGUUUCUGAAGGGUUGAGUGACAACUCAAAAGACAACUGUUGAGGAGCUAGUCAGGUAAAUGUAGGUAUUUAGAAUGCAUUUGGUACAGCCUUAGAUGACCAUGCUGAGUCAAUUUUAUUUUGUGUGUUGUUAUGCAUUUUUUUCUUGUUCAAAAGUGGCAAAAACUAUGUACAGCAUGCACAACAUAAAAAUGUCAACUCAUCAACAUGGCAUAGGGUGGGACUGAGAGCAACCUACAGCUUUGUCUCUGGAGUAAAAGGCAGUAAACAAUUAAGUUGCGCUGAUGAGUUCUAACCAGUGCAAAGUAGCUAUACAUGGUGGCCAAUCCUUAGGUAAAAUGCUAUUUUACAGUUCUGUAAAAUGUAACCAAGCCUGUGCAUGAAACUGAGGUUUGGUUGAUAGAUAUUAGAAACUAGCUAGCAUGAUAAGGGAAUUGUAAUUUACGUAUGAAAAGUAGCAAGGUUUCUAAUGACAACAAAAUCAAUUUUCAGUAGCCUCACUUCUGCUUAAAGACCUGAUCACUAGCACUGAACUGUGAACACAAAUUAUCGACAUUGUGCAUCUGUUCAGGUUUUGGGCAAACCACAGAAAUGUGCGAAUGCUGCACUUAAAUGGUUUAUAAUGCAUUACAUGGCUUGGGAAUUUGAAACAAGCCUAGAUGCAUUGUGACUUCUCUAUCAUAACUGUAACAACCACUUGCCUUUAGAGUUUUUCUAAAAGUCAAAUUUUCCAGGAGUGUAGCAAUCUUAUCACACAGCAGGUUUUUCUCGUUACAUAAUAGGAAUUUUUGCAUAUGAGUUGUACAAAUUACACGGUGAUAAGAAUAGUUAGUUAGUUCAUCAGACAAAGUAGACCCUAAUUCCCCCCACCCACCCACCCCCAUUGGAGAUUGUUUGGGGUCUGGAUGAUUAAUGAUUGUUACACGAAAUCACCUUAGAAAGACGUAGGGGCCUAGGACAAAAACAACCCUUAUAAUGGGCGAAUAGCUCUAAUGGUCUUCCUAAACACACCAUUUCUGAGUUAUCUUAUGCCUCUGUUUUAAACGUAGUCUGUAUAAAACCUUUCAUAUGAAAAUGAUUUUGAUUUGCACAAAAAUUAACAUGUACAUGUAGGUUGAGGACAUUUUCAUAUGAAUGGUCUCAUACAAGGACUCAUUUUUACAUGAAGGUGAAAGGAAAUUCAUUAUGGCCUAAAACAUUCUCAUCUCUAGAGUUUCCAGUCUGUCUUCUCCAGUGGGGCUUUUCUUCGUGUCAAGGCCUCACCUGGGUAUGACAGGCAACUCUAGAGAGAAGAAUGGGCCCAAACUAUAAAACUGCCAUCCAGAAUCGUAACUCAAAGUGACUUUUUCACCGAAGAGAUAUUUUUUGGGCAAAAUGAAAUAUUGACUAAUUAACCAACUCAUGUAUAAACUGUUAAUGCACUAACAUUUAAAAAUUUUAUUGAAGGUUAGAGUAUAAUGUAAAAAAUUUACCUACAGUAUAAGUGUAAUUUCAGCCUAAAUUAAAUUUAUGUUUGAGAUAAUAAAAAUCAUUAUAUGAA